AGACACACGCGCAGUCCGUGAAGACGAAGCAACCAGGAAGUGUUGCAGCAAUCUGCCCACCGCUUCCCCCGGCAACGUCUGUUAUGAAAUUCCCGGACACCGCCGUAGGAAAAGCAACCGGGCUCUUAACUGUCGUAAUUAUUGUCUUCGCGGCUGUUUUGCAUUAUUUCGACGACGCUGCUUCGGUGAAAUACUCAAGCAUGGCCGAAGACAUGAAGACUCUGGAGGGGAACUUCCGGCAGCACAAUAAAAGCUGUUUCAUCCUCGGCGCCUCCGGGGAAACGGGCCGGGAGUUGCUCCGAGACCUGCUGGGGCGCAACAUCUUCUCCAAGAUCACCCUCAUCGGGAGGAGACAGCUCACCUUUGAGGACAAAGCGUAUGAAAACCUGCUUCAAGAGGUGGUGGACUUUGAGAAGCUUGAAGAUUAUGCUGCAGCCUUCCAGGGCCACGAUGUUGGCUACUGCUGCCUGGGAACAACCAGGGCAAAAGUAGGGACUGAAGGAUUCAUCCGCGUCGAUCACGACUACGUCCUAAAAUCAGCGGAGCUCGCCAAGACCGGAGGCUGCACCCAGUUCCACCUGGAGUCCUCCAGAGGAGCCGAUAAAAACAGCAACUUCCUCUACCUCAAAGUCAAAGGACAAGUGGAAGCCGAGAUUGAAGCGUUGGGUUUUGACAGAUAUGCCAUUUACAGACCAGGGGUUUUGUUGGUAGACCGGCAGGAGAGUCGGCCUGCCGAGUGGAUGAUCAGGAAGUUCUUCGGAGCCUUUUCGGCCGUGUGUUCCACGUCCAUGUCCAUCCCAAUCCAAGCGGUGGCUAAAGCGAUGGCGUCAAACACUCUGCUUCAACCUGAGCAGAAGACGGAGAUCCUGGAGAACUCGGACAUCACCAAUCUGGGGAAAAGUGCAGGGGGAGGUGGGGAAAUGUUACCCACUUCCACUGAUUUUAAAAUCAAGCAAUAAUUCCUGGUACGGGACUUGCAUAAAUUGAACUCCUCGAAAUCUAUUUCUGAUAUCAAGCCAUUUACGUUAGAGGACACAGAGGCGGUGCACCACGCAAACAGGUGGGCAUAAUCUUCAUCGUAAUGUUAAGGCCCUUGUCCAGUAAACUCUUCAACUGCACACAAACGGAACAAAUAACGCUCUUAUUAAAAAUGGCUGGGUGGUACAUUUUGGGGCUCAGAUUUAAAUCUCGACCAAUUGCGCCAUGAAGUCGGCUUCAAAAUGUGCCACUCGAGUGAUCACUCUCAUUUACAGGGGCAAAACGAAGGCUUUUAGCUUUCAAAUCAAGGUAAUAAUUCUGCAAUUUGCCUGUUUCUUUUUGCCUGUGGGGGUAAAUAUUUCUAGAAUAAACUCCGCCCCCCCCAACCCCCCUCAAAGAAGUAAACUUCAAGUCAUAUCCCUGUUGCUCUAAAGCUGUACUUGUGCACAGUUGAAGUGUAACUUUGGUGUUUUUCAACCUGGAUCUUUUGUUUAUGUGUCUAAGGGAUUAAUGGGGACAAUUAUUUUUAAACAUUGGUGAAUCCAUGAAGCCAUUGUCAGAAAGCCAAAGGGUCUUUCUAUAAAUACUUGACUGUAGUUUCCUACACAUGUACUUAUGUGCUAGAUUAUUUAUGGAGAAAACAAAACGUAAAGCUCUCCAAUAUAUAGAAUGCUGACGGUGUAUUUGGGUUUGAUUUCUUUGGUCUUGAAUGCUAUUGUGAUUUUGUCAUCAGGGAACCUUCGCCAUUGUGCACCAUUUGUGCUCCCAAGUCAACGCACUAAACGACUGCCUUAAAGUAAACGCUUGAGUUUAUUCUUCACUACAUUAAAAUAUUGGAUGUCCUGAAUGUAUUUGUAUUACGUUAUUAUAAUUAUAUUACUGUGUGGGUGUUUAAUUCGUGCGGCGUCUUUAUCUGCGCUGUCCUACGUCUGUGCACUGCAGCAUGGGUAAUAUAUUGGAUGCAAAUCACCACAUAAAUGCUAUUUUUGAUGAUGAAUUUCAACCCAUGAUCUUAUUUCUUCUGAGUUUGUUUUCUUUCAUUUUUUUCAGACUUCAAAAAUAUCAUUGUUGUACACAAUUGUAUUGACUUUAUUUCCUUUUUAAAUUUAUUUUUAAUGUUACUGCUCCAAGUGAAGCACUUCAAAUUGCCUUUAUUUGCCAUUGAGAGAUAUUCAAAUAAACUUUUCUGAUCUGGCAGCGCCCCCUUGUGGCUGAAUGUGGUAACACUCAUUGGGCUCCAAACACUUGGCUUCUUUUAUGAAGAUAAAAACAUGCAGUAAAAAAUAAAGAAUUGACACCUGA